AUGACAGACCAAGAUUUCAUUUCAAUAGGACUGAAAGAGCCUUCCGACCUUGAUUUAUUAUCCAGUUGUGCAAAAGCACUCAAGGCACAUAUUGCAAAACAAACAAAUCAACACCAUCAUCUUCUACUUCGACAGAAUCUAUUUUACGAGCUAUCCAUGCUUAUGACUCUUAUCCGUAGAAACAAACCUGGUAGCAGUAGUCGGCCCCUUUCAAUGCCAAUUCAGUUACCUUCUUAUACACCACCACCCGAUUAUACUCUAAGUAUCAUGGGUAAACGUUUAGAAAGAUGUCAAUCGAUGAUUAUUCCCCGAGAAGAAGAAGGAAAAGAAGAAUUACCCGGAUAUACCUGUACUGUCUUUAAGAUGGGCUAUGUGCAUGUGAAAAGAGAAUUUGAUGCACCUAAUGUCAAGAGUAAAUGGAGAACUUGGAGAAAACUUUAUAUAGAAUUAUGGGGUACAAUGCUUCGUAUUUACCGUACACAACCUUCUUCUUCCAAGAACAAUAUGGGCUAUUAUCGCUGGCCUUUUCGAGCACCUUAUUACUAUUAUCAGAAAUACUAUUAUACGCCUAUUCUUACCGUUUCUUUAGCAGGUGCUGAAGCAUCAAGGGCACUAGACUACUUUAGGCGACCUAAUGUACUCAGAUUGACGACACAACAAGGUCCACAAUUCCUGAUGAAGCUAUCUUCUCAUGUUGAGAUGAUAUCAUGGAUUGAGCACCUUCAAGCAGCUAUCAAUAUUUCAUUGGAUUUAGAACAACGUCCUAUGCCCAAAUUCAUUACAAUUCCUACUCGAGGCUUAGCUACGGGUGCCUUGGAUCCAAGAUCAAUUGAACUUGAAAGGGCUCGUGAACAAAGAAGAAGAGAUCAACGUGAAGUGUUGAUUUAA